AUGUGGCUAAGAUUCGUGACGCUGUUCGUCGUGUCCAUAAACGCUGAAAUUAGAAGCAGUUUAAUUAUUAACAAGCUUGUGAAACCAGUGGGAGGUAUAAUAAGUAAAAGUUUUAUACCGCUUACGGAGUUGCCAUCACCAAAAAUUCAUCAUCGAUCAGGAAGACGUCACUUGGCAGAUGAAUGUACUGAAGCACCGAAAUGGAAAGAGGUGCAUGAAGGAGGAAAGGUUGAUAUAUUCGGUGAUUAUUAUGAUGAUAAAGUCGCUAAAACUAUGGCAACUGUUAUCAUACCGGAUCACAUUGACUAUAAACACUUUCAAGUAACCACUCAAAUGCCAUACUUCACUGUUGGCACAAUAGAUGCUAUCGGCUACCACCCAAGUACAUUGAAGAGUGAUCAUCCCAGCGAGUGUGAGAAGAUCUACCAGGACCACAUAGCCGAUCAAUACUCGGACGAGACCACAGACUAUUCUGAAGAGUCGUUAGAGAUGGCGAGGAUGCCACUGUUUGCUCGAGAAUUUCAUGAAUCAAUGGAGGAUCGUUUCGCAGAAAUGUACGAUGAUUUACGGUAG